GGUCGUUAGUUUCCAAUGACGAGACCACCCUUCCCGCUUUCCCUGAGAAGAACCAUAUCCUCCUCUCUGCUUCUGUACUUCAUGCAUGGCCUGCUUUCCUUUUACAACCCCACAACUCUCCCAGUUCAGAUCAACAAAAACAACCAAAUUUCUCAGUUCCAAUGAACCAAUCCAUUUUACAGAAUUCAAUGGAACCACCAGAAAUCAUCAAACUUUGUAUAAAUCUUACUUUCACUCCAUAUCUUCCCUUUGCAAAGAUGGCCAAAUUCAACAAGCUGUGGACUUACUCACUGAAAUGGACUCAAAAAAUUUUCCAGUUGGACCUGAAAUAUACGGUGAAAUACUCCAGUGUUGCGUUUAUGAACGAGAUCUUUUUACAGGUCAGCAAAUUCAUGCUCAAGUUCUCAAAAAUGGUGCCUUCUUUGCAAGAAAUGAGUACAUUGAGACAAAGUUAGUUAUUUUUUAUGCCAAGUGUGGUGCUUUCGAUGUUGCUAAUAAUUUGUUUAGUAGAUUGAGGGUAAAGAAUGUGUUUUCUUGGGCUGCUGUUAUAGGAUUGAAGUGUAGGUUUGGGUUAAAUGAAGAGGCUUUAAUGGCGUUUUCUGAGAUGCAAGAAAAUGGGUUUUUUCCAGAUAAUUUUGUGGUUCCUAAUGCAUUGAAAGCUUGUGGUGCUUUGCAGUGGCUUGGGUACGGGAAAGGGGUUCACGGGUAUGUCGUGAAGGUGGGUUUUGAUGGGUGUGUCUUUGUUGCAAGUAGUUUGAUUGAUAUGUAUGGCAAGUGUGGUGUUUUGGAGGAUGCAAGGAAAGUCUUUGAUGGGAUGGUUGAGAGGAAUGUAAUAGCUUGGAAUUCGAUGAUCGUUGGUUAUAUGCAAAAUGGGAGGAAUGAGGAAGCAAUUGGGGUGUUCUGUGAUAUGAGAAUGGAAGGAGUUGAGCCCACUCGGGUAUCCAUAUCAAGCUUUUUAUCAGCUUCGGCAAAUUUAGGUGCAAUAGAUGAGGGAAAGCAGGGGCAUGCAAUUGCUGUCUUAGGUGGAUUAGAAUUGGAUAACAUUUUGGGUAGUUCUGUUAUAAACUUUUAUUCCAAGCUUGGUUUGAUUGAGGAUGCGGAGCUUGUUUUUGUUAGAAUGCUCGUGAGGGAUGUAGUGACAUGGAAUCUGAUGAUUUCAAGUUAUGUGCAAUGCGGAUUGAUUGAGAAGGCGCUCAAUAUGUGCCAUCUGAUGAGAUUAGAAAAUUUGAGAUUUGACUGUGUGACUCUAUCAUCAAUAUUGACUGCAGCUGCCAAUUCAAGCAGUAUAGAAAUUGGUAAAGAGGGUCACUGUUAUUGUAUUCGGAACAACCUUCAAUCUGAUGUUGUUGUUGCAAGUAGCAUCGUAGAUAUGUAUGCCAAAUGUGGAAGAAUUGAUUGUGCCAGACAAGUAUUUAGUUCUACAACUAACAAAGAUAUCAUAUUAUGGAAUACACUAUUGGCUUCUUAUGCAGAUAUUGGCCACGGUGGUGAGGCCUUGAAGUUGUUUUAUCAGAUGCAGUUAGAGAGUGUGCCACCAAAUGUAACAUCAUGGAAUUCUCUGAUUUUAGGAUUUAUUAGGAAUCACCAGUUAAACGAGGCUAAAGAGUUAUUCUCGCAGAUGCAAUCCCUUGGUGUCCACCCUAACCUUAUAACUUGGACUACGCUUAUCACUGGUCUGGCUCAUAAUGGUUUUCAAGAUGAGGCAGUUCAGAUUUUUCAAAAAAUGCAAGAAUCUGGGAUCAAACCCAAUACAAUAAGCAUCAGUAGUGUACUCUCAGCUUGCACAAAUGUGACAUCAUUACCGCAUGGUCGAGCAAUCCAUGGAUAUGCUAUAAGGCAUGACCUUGGUUCACAGAUUUCAGUUUCAACAGCUUUAGUUGACAUGUAUGCUAAAUGUGGAUAUUUAAGUCAAGCAAAGAGGGUGUUUGAUAAUACCUUAAGCAAGGAAUUGCCUGUUUAUAAUGCAAUGAUUUCUGGUUAUGCAUUACAUGGUCAAGCUGGAGAAGCUCUUGCAGUGUAUAAACAUCUAGAGGAGGCUGGUAUAGAACCAGAUGGCAUAACUUUUACUACUGUCUUAUCUGCAUGCAGCCACAAUGGGCUGAUAAAUGAAGGUUUGGAGAUUUUUUUUGAUAUAGUUUCUAAACAUCAUUUCAGGCCAAGCAUGGAGCAUUAUGGCUGUGUAGUUAGUCUUCUUUCUCGGUCUGGUAAUUUGGAUGAAGCUAUUAGGCUUAUUCACGCAAUGCCAUAUGAACCAGAUGCAUAUAUAAUUGGAUCACUGCUUGCUACAUGCAGAGAGCAUAAUGAGAUUGAACUUGGGGAGCACCUGGCAAAGUAUUUAUUAGAAUUGGAACCAGAUAAUUCAGGUAAUUAUGUGGCAAUUUCAAAUGCAUAUGCGGCUUCAGGAAGGUGGGAUAAAGUAAUAAAAAUAAGGGAUUUAAUGAAAGAAAAAGGCUUAAAGAAGAGUCCUGGGUGCAGCUGGAUACAAAUAGGUGAGAAACUUCAUCCCUUUUUUGCUGGUGAUGGAUCACACCCCAAGACCAAGCAAAUACAUGCUACACUGGCUUUAUUGGGAAUCGAAAUGAAUUUUAGUGCUUAAACUCUGUUCUUGAGCACAAAUCACAUUAGUAGGUAAAAAUUAAGCACCCCAAGGAGACUAGAGAGACCGUCAGGUUAAGCAAAGAAAAGCAAAGAACCAAGGGGCAGUAUUUUUGCUUCACAGAAAGAAUUGUGCAGAAUUUUCAGCCUGGACUGUUUCAUUGAAGAGUUGAUGAGGAUUUAUCUGAAUUACCUGACUCGAUAAGCUGUUAGCAGCUUCGAGUCAGCCACAUUAAAUAUGUUGAAAGGAUGGAGAAUACACCCUGACUCAGCUCAAUCUGGAUUGCUACUUGCACAAUAUGCAAUGUGGUUCGAUCUGUCCAUACUUAGCAAAACAAAGUACAUUGAAUAAUAUAGCUGCUCAGCAGCUAUGCUUCCUCAGUUUCUGGGAUUCCAAACAAAAAAUUUUUACCGGUUUCAUGCCAUUGGGCAGGAUUAUUGCAAUUUCAGAGAACAUCAUCAUGGUUUUAGAUACUAUUCACAUCUGCAUUUGUGUAGUUGAGGAUCUUGGGUUUAAGCCUUUUUGCUGGUAUAACCAGGUCAUUUAAUGUGUAAAUAUUGUAAUACAUCCAAACUUUCAAUCUAAAAGGGAUUCAUGUACAUCUUAAGACUACAGAAUUGAUAUAUGACAGCUCUUGGACAUUUCCUCCCUAAACUCGAACUU